AGUCGGCCUGCGAGCGCGCGCGGCGGUGCCUCGCGAGUCCUGCGCGAUGUGUCGUGCCUCGCGCGUGGACGUGACAUGAGCGCGCGCCUCAGAGGCCAUGGUGCAGCUCGUGUGGGCGUGCUGGCUGGCGCUGCUCGCCUCUGCCGGCGCUAGGAGAAGCCGAAAUUUGGAAUCGCGAAGUGGACUCACUGCAAUUGAUGAUUUCACAAAUGAGGCCACGCUGCCGAGGUUCGCCGAGCCGAUCCCGAACGUGACGGUGAGCGUGGGCCGAGACGCGCUGCUGGCGUGCGUCGUGGACAACCUCCGAGGCUACAAGGUGGCGUGGGUGCGCGUGGACACGCAGACCAUCCUGUCCAUCCACCACAACGUCAUCACGCAGAACCCGCGCAUCUCGCUGUCCUUCAACGACCACCGCUCCUGGUACCUGCACAUCAAGAACGUGCACGAGACGGACCGCGGCUGGUACAUGUGCCAGGUCAACACUGACCCCAUGCGCAGUCGCCAGGGCUACCUGCAGGUGGUUGUGCCCCCCACCAUCGUGGACAAGGACACGAGCACCGACAUGGUGGUGCGGGAGGCGUCCAACGUGACCUUGACCUGCAAGGCGGCCGGCUACCCGGAGCCGUACGUCAUGUGGCGGCGCGAGGACGGCGAGGACAUCAUCUACAACGGCGACAGCGUGAACGUGGUUGACGGCGAGACGCUGCAGAUCGUGAAAGUGAGCCGCCUGCACAUGGGGGCGUAUCUGUGCAUCGCGUCGAACGGCGUGCCGCCUUCCAUCAGCAAGCGGGUCGUGUUGCGGGUGCAGUUCCCACCGAUGUUGACAAUACCGAACCAGUUGGAAGGCGCGUACGUGGGCCAGGAUGUGGCCCUUGAGUGUCACUCCGAGGCCUACCCGACUUCCAUUAACUACUGGACCACCGAAAGAGGCGAUAUGAUAGUCUCAGGUGACAAAUACGAAGCGGUGUCAAUGGAUAACGGCUACAACAAGUACAUGAUGCUGAAGAUCAGGAGCGUAAAACAUAAUGAUUUUGGCUCGUACAAGUGCGUGGCCAAGAACUCUCUAGGAGAAACUGAUGGGGUCAUCAAACUGGACGAGAUCCCGGCUCCGACCACCACGUCGACGACCAGCCAGCCACAGGCCACGCUCGGGUCGACGCCCCUCAGGAAAGGUGCUGGUCGAGGAAGAUAUUCCAAGGAUCGGUCGUCGGAGAACCAGGUCCUAAGAGACUUCGAGUCAGACGAAUGGAGGAAUUCUGGUUUCGACGACUUCGACUACCCUUUGCCGUCGAUGGGGCCGUAUCCGGCCAUGCAGCCCCCAGGAGCGUUUGGCGGCGUGCAGCGCAUGGCAGAGCCGAUGGGCGCAUGGGCGUCGUUGUGGCUGGUGUACUGGGCGCUGCUGCACUGCUGCAGCUGAUGAGGUCGUGUGGCGCUCUGACUGGCUGGCUGCGCCGUGGCCAGCGAGCAAGGCCUCUGCAACUCUCUCCCCAGCGCUCCUAGUGAGCAGGCGUGCAGCAGGACUAGGCGGGCUAUACUUACUGCUGCAGCAACUGAAGAGGUCAUGUGAUUAUCUGACUGGCUGGCACCGUGGCAAUUGACCAGGCCUUGUGGCACCAGCCCAUGCUGGCAGAGGGUGGAAGCUCCGCAAAACUGAAAUUGUAGUAGCGGCUUUGGAACGUGAUCCACCAGGAAUACAAAAGGGGUUUUCUAUGAACAUUUAUCAACAUCUACCAUAUCAAACGGAUCGCAGCAAGGACGCAAUAAACCUUUAGUUUUGAAAUUUAGAGCUGCUUAGGCAUCAACAAUUUUUUUCCAGAGUUUUGCAGGAGGCCAAAGACAAUUUUGUAGCCUACCCAAAUGGCUUGGCAUUUUGUGAGUGAUACUAAUCCUAACUGUGCGACUGACAUUCACCCAGUCCCCCAAAUAAUAUCUGUGCUAGUUUACGACAUUUUUUAAUUUAUAAAAAUGCCAUAUUGUUUUUUUUAUGGAAAUGAACCACUUCAACAACUUCAAGAAAUCAAAUCAAUGAAAACACAAACUGUUGACUUCGUUCAAAUAGAAUGUUAAAACACGCACUUGUUUGGUGUUUUCGAAGCAAUAUUGUGAUCUAAACGUUAACAAAAGCCCCAGUUCGUGACAAGGUACUCUAUGAGUUAAAAAUAUAUCAAACCUUUCCCCACCCUGUUUCUGAACUUUUUUGUUGAGCAUCUAUCCAGCGAAUGUAUACGAAAAUGUUAACCUCUUGUAAGAAAAAAUAAAAAUUUCCACGCCGUUUGUACGUGCGGUAAAUGUGACGUAGAAAUGCUUAAAUCAGCAAUGUUCUCAACUAUAUUGGGGAAAAUAUCAUUAGACCCUAUACGCUUUGUUGCUCUGUGAGGUAAAUUGAUUUUAAGAAACGUUAAAUAUGACUAAGAAACUGAAGUGAUUGUAAUUUAUUUGACAGAAAAAUGCUCCUAGAAAUGUGAUCAAUUUAAAUAUAAUUAAUUAUGUUAUAAAAUCCACAAAAAAUUACCAUCGAAAUUCUAUCUCCAUACAUUGGUAUCAUGAAAAAAUAGGUUUGUAUUUUAAUAAAAUAUAUUUGAAGUAAAACUUCUUUGCUGAGGGUACUACAAUUUGCAAGCGUUACGAAAAUUCCAAUCGCAUGAGGUAAACUGUUAGGUUAGUAGUUGAGGAACCGGAUGAGGAGUGGAAUAGUUGCUUACGUGGUGGGGGAACCGGUAGAGUGAGGAUGGGAACAUAGCGUGGAAUCCUAUAUGCUAGUUGUAACACCCGGAAGAGGAGACGGCACGGGAGAGUUAGAAAUAACGCAGCAUUGAUGCUACAGAAUUCUUGUAACGCUAUUUGUGUUUGUUUACAAGUCCGUUUUUGUAACGGCUAAUAAUAGAAUGCUACCCAAUUACUUUUUCUUUAUUUAAAGUGUUUACAAUUUUUUUUUCACGUAGAAAAGAGAUUUGUAUAUCUGCAAUUUACUAAAUACCCUAAAUAUCAGGCUGAUUAAAACAAUUAAUGCUGUUUUUUUCUAAAAAUUUAGAACGUUUUUAAUCCUUAACGUUUGUGUAGUAUUUUAGCAAUUAUAUGUGGAUAUUGUUUCAGAAAAAUAUAGAAAAUAAUUACCAUAAAUGAUAUAUGUCUUUGUAAAUUUAAAUAACGAACUUCUUGUAAGAUAUAUUUGAAAAAUUAAGAUCAUUUUUUUUGUUCAUUCUUACUUAUCUCUUGUUAAAUAAAAUUUUUUAAGACUUUA